AGCACACAAAUGUCAGGCCCACUGCCCGACGAGUCCAUUCCUAUCGCUCGCUGGUGUUUGCUGCAUCGGGCCCUCGGUAGUUCCAUUCGAGUGAUAAAGAUUCGUUGGCCCGUUCGUCGGAGCCCCUCUUUAAGAAGGGGUUCCUCAAUUUCUACCUCAUUUGCAUGUCGCUCGCAUCGGAACCACAUAACAAGAUCACAUGAGUUAGUGCAGACGGCGCGCGCUGUAACGACGAGCAACUACGGACCAGCUUUGGCUAAAUGUCGAAGGUUGUGCGAACAGCGGUUUGCGGUGGUGAAAGUGUUUUUGCUAGCUAGUGUUGUGAGUAGUGUAUUGCGUUAGCAGUGUAAAGAAAUUAGUAAAGAAUUUCCUCUACCUCAACCCACACGAGAUGGAUCCGUCCGAUCACGAGGAAGCCAGCGUUCUCUACAGCCCCGGAAGGGAGCCCAAAAUCGUACCGAACGUAAACGCCAACGUGCGCAAGGAAACCAGAUGGACGUUUUGGUUGAUCACGGCUGGUAUUUCGACCACCUUCGGGGCCGCGGUGCCCACGGGCUACAAUAUAGGCGUUAUAAAUGCACCGGCCAAUUUUAUCAAAAGCUGGUGCAAUGAUACCAUUUUUGAAACGUACGGUACGGUGUUUUCCGAGGGCAAUCUGGAAACGUUCUGGUCGGCUGUUGUAUCAAUCUUCCUGAUCGGUGGCGUUAUAGGAUCGUUGGGAGGUGCCUGGGUUGCUGACCGGCUUGGCAGGAAACGUUCCUUUCUGCUAUGUGGCUUACUGCUCUUCUUCGGUGGAAUAUGCUUCCAGUUCUGCCAAACGCUCAGUUCCGUGGAGCUGCUGAUGAUCGGUCGCUUUGUCGUCGGCCUAGCCGCUGGACUGACGACCAGUACCGUCCCGAUGUAUCUUACCGAGCUGGCCCCACUAGGACUGCGCGGUGCGCUCGGUGUGUUCUGCUCGAUGGGCGUUACCGGAGGCGUGGUGGUUGGCCAGAUUAUAAGCUUGGAAGAAAUUUUCGGCACCGAAGACCAUUGGCAGUUUGCGCUCAGCUUCUACGUCAUCCUGGUCGUAAUGUUUUUCGUGCCCUAUCCCUGGCUACCGGAAAGCCCGAAGUAUCUGUUCGUCAUUCGACGGCGGCAGGAAGAGGCAGUAAAUGAGCUAAAGCGUGUGGCAGGCCGAAAAGUUCGGGACGAGUAUGUGCGGCAGCAGAUCGAUGUGAUGCGCAGGGAGUGUACGGCGGAGAACGACGAGGAGACGUGUAGCGAUGGCAAUAGUACGGCGCCCCAAAAGCCGAAAGAACGGACCAUUUUGUCGGUGCUGCGCGAUCCAACGCUGCUGUUGCCGCUCGUUCUCGUGUGUGCCUUACAAGGUGGUCAACAGUUGUCCGGCAUCAAUGCGGUAUUCUUCUACUCCGUCUCGAUAUUUGAGUCGGUAGGUUUGAGCUCAACGGAUGCAAAGUUUGCCAACCUCGGGGCCGGUUGCCUUAAUCUGUUCGUCGCUUUCUUCAGCCCAAUCCUGAUGGCAAAGUUUAACCGGCGCUUCCUGGCCCUUACGUCCUGUGCGAUGUGUGCAAUAUUUUUGUUCUGCCUUACCUUCAUCGUGUUCUUCAUUGACGAUGUCGAAUGGUUUUCCUACGCAAGCAUCGUAGCCAUUCUGCUGUACAUUCUCUUCUACCAAAUUGGUCUAGGGCCCAUCCCGUACUUUAUCGGCUCUGAACUGUUCGAAGUGGGUCCACGACCGGCAGCAAUGGCGUUGGGCAGCUUGGCCUCGUGGGGAUGCAAUUUCAUCGUAGCCAUGCUGUUCACCACGCUGCAAAGUGCCUGGGGAGCGUUCGUGUUCCUGCCGUUCGCGUGCACGUGCGUGGCGCUGACCGUACUGCUGAGGAUCUAUCUACCCGAGACGCGCGGUAAACACAUCUCGCAGAUUGUGCCGCUCGUCGCGAAAGGAUUCAGCUCCAAGCCGCUAGUGCCUUAAGUCGACCGCCGCCUGCCACAGCAAUAAUGACAAGCAAAGAAGCUACACAGAAACAUGUUGUGAUUCUUAUUAGAUUGCUCAAGAACGCGCAGGGAAGCAGUGCAACGAAAGUGGCUUAAUCGUAAUCCUAAGCUUAGCGUCGUAUACUUAGUACUUAGCUUAAGAAGAGCGUUAUUUUUUUAAAACCUACAAAACGUUACACGAUACAAUUGUGUGCGCGUGUAGCUGAAAGUGAAUAAUGAUGAAGCAAACCGUAAAUCCAACCAUAUUGCUGUGUGGAUUGCAUUCGA